AUGUCGUUCGAGGCCUCGAGUGUCGAUGCGGGUGGUGGCAGGAGGAACAACAGUGAAGUAAUUGCCACUGAACUUAUAAAUGUUGUGGGCAAGGUCUGCCGGGCGCUGUACGGAUGCGGCGCAGAGACGGCGGCCUUGGGAGUUAAUGAUUCCAUGCUAGUUUCCAUUGUUGGGAUGGCACUGUACACGGGCUAUGUGUUCAUGCCUCAGCACAUCAUGGCAAUAUUGCACUACUUUGAAAUUGUGCAGUGA